GGGCCGCUGCAGGGAGGGUCUUCUUGGGGCCGUUGUGCCCCGCCCCAGUCCGGCCGCGGCGCGGGUUCGAGCUGCUGCUCGGCAGGCCUGGGUGUCUGGGGCAUGAGCGGGGUGUGGGGGGCCGGCGGGCCUCGGUGCCAGGAGGCGCUCGCGGUCCUCACCUCGCUGUGCCGGGCCCGGCCGCCCCCUCUCGGGCUGGACGUGGAGACUUGUCGGAGCUUCGAGCUGCAGCCCCCAGAACGGAGUCCCAGCGCGGCAGGCGCAGGCACCUCUGUCAGCCUCCUCGCAGUUGUAGUUAUUGUGUGUGGCGUGGCCCUGGUGGCAGUUUUUCUCUUUCUCUUUUGGAAGCUGUGCUGGAUGCCCUGGAGGAACAAGGAGGCCUCCAGUCCCUCUUCUGCUAAUCCCCCCUUGGAAGCCCUCCAGAGCCCCAGCUUCAGAGGCAACAUGGCGGACAAGCUGAAGGACCCCAGCACCCUGGGCUUCCUGGAGGCGGCCGUGAAGAUCAGCCACACAUCCCCAGAUAUCCCAGCUGAGGUGCAGAUGUCGGUCAAGGAGCACAUCAUGCGUCACACGCGGCUGCAGCGGCAAACUACAGAGCCAGCCUCAUCCACCAGGCACACGUCCUUCAAGCGCCACCUGCCAAGGCAGAUGCACGUCUCCAGUGUAGACUAUGGCAACGAGCUUCCACCAGCAGCAGAGCAGCCCACCAGCAUUGGCCGCAUCAAGCCUGAGCUCUACAAGCAGAAGUCGGUGGAUGGGGACGAUGCCAAGUCUGAGGCCACCAAAAGCUGCGGGAAGAUCAACUUCAGCCUACGUUAUGAUUACGAGACGGAGACCCUGAUUGUGCGUAUCCUGAAGGCUUUUGACCUCCCUGCCAAGGACUUUUGUGGAAGCUCUGACCCUUAUGUCAAGAUCUACCUCCUGCCUGACCGCAAAUGCAAGCUGCAGACCCGGGUGCACCGCAAGACCCUGAACCCCACCUUUGAUGAGAACUUCCACUUCCCUGUGCCCUAUGAGGAGCUGGCUGAUCGCAAGCUGCAUCUCAGCGUCUUCGACUUCGACCGCUUCUCCCGCCAUGACAUGAUUGGUGAGGUCAUCAUGGACAACCUCUUUGAGGCCUCUGAUCUGUCUCGGGAAACCUCCAUCUGGAAGGACAUCCAAUAUGCCACAAGUGAAAGCGUGGACUUGGGAGAGAUCAUGUUCUCCCUUUGCUACCUGCCCACAGCAGGCAGGCUCACCCUCACGGUGAUUAAGUGUCGGAACCUCAAGGCGAUGGACAUCACAGGCUAUUCAGAUCCCUAUGUCAAAGUGUCCCUGCUUUGUGAUGGGCGGAGGCUGAAGAAGAAGAAAACAACCAUAAAGAAAAACACACUCAAUCCUGUCUACAAUGAGGCCAUCAUCUUUGACAUUCCCCCGGAAAACAUGGAUCAAGUCAGCCUGCUCAUCUCAGUCAUGGACUAUGAUCGAGUGGGCCACAAUGAGAUCAUAGGAGUCUGUCGUGUAGGGAUCAAUGCCGAAGGCCUGGGUAGGGACCACUGGAACGAGAUGCUGGCAUACCCCCGGAAGCCCAUCGCACACUGGCACUCCUUGGUGGAGGUAAAGAAAUCCUUCAAAGAGUGGCAGGGCCGAGCUGCUAGCUUCGACAGUGAGAGUUCGUGCCCAUCUCCGAAGCCACCUCCGACACCAUGAGUUGUGCGGCCAAAUAACACAAAUGGGACUCAGCAAUGUUCUCUUUGCACUUGUUCAACCGUCUAAACAGUGCUGUGCAGUCGCAGUGGCGGCAGCAGUGGCAGCCGUCCGUCACUCCAGAGUCUUACCUGCUCCUGUGUAGGUCAAGGCUGAGACACUUGUCUUGUGGUCAGAUCUGUCUUAGUCUUUUCUGUCUCCCAAGGUGAUGUUUUUGUGGUUUUUCACUUUUUAUGGGUCUACUGUUAAGAAAAGAAAAAAAAAAAAAAAAAGAGUAGGAAAAGACAAAGGGUGGAAAGCCCAGAAGUUGGUUCUAGAAAAUACAAUGUAUAGUUUUUUGGAAAGAGGUGGAUUGAGUUUCUGAAAUGCUGUGUCUCCAGCAAGCUCCACAACCCUGGAAAAGGAGGACGCUCAGUGGGACUGCGGUUGCAUUUUCAGUGCCCUGCAGGAAUGAGGUGAAUCCAUGGAAGAGCCUUUGUGAGGCGAAUUACUAGUCUUUGAAGCUCUUCGCUGGAGGGACAGAAACCACAUUGGGACCAUCAGUCCCAUGUUGAAAUCACAAGACCUCUGAGGCGCUUGUGAGCCUUCAGCUGAAGUGCAGGAUUCCUUGCUGGUUUUCCCCAUGAAUUGAAAACGUCUUGAUUCUUCAUGGGAACUUAGUCACUUUCUUUAGGAACGAUUCCGCCGAAACUAAACACGCCGUAUGUUUUCUGAUGCGCCACAGUUAAUGAUCAUAUUUGUUUGAAAACAGGAUCUUUGUUCUCAGAAAUAACCUUCAUUGUAAAGUAAGAGAGACACAUACGUUCUGGAAUGAUUUCUGCAUUAUACAUAGCUUUAUAAUUCCAUGAGGUAUCAACUCUCUGUUUAAAAUGCCUAAACAGAUUAAAGAACAACCUAGAUUAAAUGUUCUUUUCCAGAUGGGGAGUUUUGAAAUCCAAGUAGCAGUCUGAGUCCAUCUUUCCAUGAAGAGUAUCUUUUUGAUUGAAACUGAGUGAGCGUAAGCCUAUUUCAGCCCCUUUGGCUCUGGGACAAUAUUCAUCUUAAACUUUAGUUCUAUAAAUUACUAAGUACUUCAGUGUUGUUUGUUUCAGUGGUUGUGAGGGUUUCUUGUUUCCUUUAGAUCUCUACCUUAGGCCAAACUCAAUUUAGGAAAAAAAAAAAAUGGUUUGAACGAUUCUGUGUUGUAAUAGCACAUUUCUGUUGAGUUAAUAGUGUUCUUCGCACCAACCCCUAAAACCAGGUUGAUUUGCUCAAUCUCAGUUUGUGCAACCCCAGUAAGCGCAUGGAGGUGAGUUUCUACUUUGACUUGUGGCAGCACAAUGCCGGUUUCCAGAGCUGUGUGUACUACUUGCAAGAGGCAAGUCUGCUGAAGAACCCCUUCUUUUAACAGUGGAAAAUCAAGAACAGAAAAUCUGUUCACACAUCCGUGUCUUAUUCUUUAUAUACGUUACAUGGUAGAGGAGCAGCGACCAAUAAAGCAUCCCUCACUUUAAACCAAGUUGUCAGAUUUCUCUGCUGAUAGAACUCUGCAUAGUGUCUUCUAGCCCUAAAAAUGACCAGGUUGGGCAUGAGUUAACAGGAUAUUGUGGCAAAAGGAGUUUUCUGCUUAGAAAAGUAAAUGUAGAUAAACCUAAACUCCACCCUGUACUGAACCUUAGGCUAGGGACUCAUGUGUAAAGAUGACUUUUCUCCCCAGAUAUCUUGUGAUUGACAGGCCUUCCUAGUCCGGCAGUCCUGCAUUUGGGUGUUCUCUUGAGAGUGAGAAAAAAACCCAAGGUCAUGACAAGAUUCCUAGCAGGCGACAAACUUCAUUGUGAUUCUGACUCUAGACUGACCCCAUCAAGAUAGUCGUUUCCAUCAGUGAACAGAUGCUGUAGACCUUGCAAUUACAAAGGGACAGCUGAGUUUCCUGGGUCAUAAGGAGUCCAGAAAUUAGUGUGAGAAGGCCCUUCUGGAAGUGAACUCAAAAUGCACGUCCAGCUGUCAUCAUUAAACCCUUAGGCAGGUGAGGAUAACCCAUUCUAACCUCUUGGAGAAGGGAGUGUGAUCAAUGUGAAUUGCAAUAGUAUGGCUCAUCUGAGACAUUCCUCUUAUAUCCAAGCAGCUAUCUCCCAUGAGUGAACAUCCCAAUGGUUUCAGAAAAUCAUCUUCUGAAUAGAUUCUAGCCAGACCCCACACCACCCUGGCCAACUGCAACCGCUGCUGCUCUGGCAGUCUGGGUCAAUUCCUACAGGCCUGGGAGCCCACCCCAGGGAGGCUUUUAGCUCCUGCAGCCUCACCCCCAGCACCCUCAAGGUAGACUAGUCUUCAACCUGAAUCAUGAAUGAGACCUGAACAUCUGCCAACUUCAUUAUCUAGCCCAGUAUCUCUUCCCUCACAGAGGAGAAAAAAAUGAAAUACAAAGUCGAUCCAUUUGUUGGCUUUCUCUGGCCGGAGAAGCCUCUCGGGUUGUUGCUGUGAGCUUUGAUAAAGUUGUGAUAACAAGGGCCAUUUGCACAUAGUUUUUAAAAAAAUAUAUGGAAAGUUCCCUUCUCCUUUAUUUAGCAGUGUUUCUGGGCUGAAAGAUGCCCUCCUCCCCCUCUGCACUUACCCAGGACGUUAAUUAAUUGCAUCGUCAUUUAAAAUAUUAUGUUGUUAAUUACUGCUUCGAGUCUUCCCACCCCUGUCACAGCCUGGAGUUUUUAUUCAAUUAAAUCUCUGUCUCUUGCCCA